CUCGACGACGUCCCUUCAACUCCAUCCAGUCUACACCAUGGCGCUCCUUAGACCCUCAAUGCGACCAGCAACCUCGCUGAGUCGACAUUGCACAAGAUCUUUAUCAUGCACCAGCCGGCGGCUUGCAGAUCCGCCUAGAACCAACAUAGCCGCAGAAACCCUUCGAAUCCUCCAUGGAUCCUCCUCCUCUUCCUCUGCGCCGAAAAGGCCUGCCCCCCGCAAGACCGUGACUCUCACCCCAAAGGACGUCCAGGACGCCGAACUGUCCGCAAAACGCACCGACUACGAGCAGCAGCUCGCGCGGAAAUUCAAGCCUGGAGACGUGUAUGCCCCGCACGAUCUGACGGGGCAGGAGAUGCAGAAGUGGAAGAAGUCGCGAAAUGCGCCGAAGACGGAUGCUAUUGAUGCGCUGGGGCUUAAUCCGAUUAACGAGUACAAGAACUUCUCUAUGAUGUCCGAGUUCAUGACAGAGAUGGGACGGAUAAAGUCUGCGCAGGAGACGGGACUGCGGCCGGUGAACCAGAGGAGAAUGGCAAAGGCUAUAAGGAGGGCAAUCGGGGUCGGCUUGAUGCCGAGUGUUCAUAAGCAUCCAGAGCUGUUGAUGAAGCAGCACAAGCCAAUUCGGUGAUUAGAGUGGAACUCUUGGGUUGGAAUGAAUAGGGCGUAGGAAUAUUUGGAAAGUUAAGUGAUGAGCGAUGUAUCAUACUUGGUUGGGACGGCUGCAUUUUGAGCCAGAUUACAAGAUGCGGUUUGUAAAACACUCGAAUCCUACAAUUUCACAGGUAUGCAAGAUCGAAAAGUCUGCCCUGAUGCGUAUUACCACAGUGAGGUUAUGUGGUAAUAUUCUAGGUAAAGUCUGCCAAUCUUUUCAACACGA